AAAGAGAAAUUAUACCUGACGGUCCUGCACUGUAUUACAUCCAGAAUAUCCAGAUCAAUUUAUCUCGGCCCGGCUGGAAAGAUUCAUAGACCACCGUAGUAAUGGCAUCAUCAUCGGAGCAGUUUCCCGACAUUCACUCUGUAAAUGCCGUAUACGAUGUCUUGAUUGUAGGAGCUGGUAUUCAAGGGUCUUCUACAGCUUAUCAUUGUGUAAAGCAGGGGUUAAAAACCGUGCUAUUGGAACAAUUCAGUCUACCCCAUUCCCGUGGAAGUUCCCAUGGCCAGUCUAGAAUCAUCCGCUACUCUUACGAACAGACACACUACUCUCAGAUGAUGACUGAAGCUUUCCCAAUGUGGAAAGAUUUGGAGAAAGAAACCAAUACACAUCUUUACAAGAAGACAGGUCUUUUGACUAUCUCACUCCCACCAAUGCGUUCACUGUAUGACAGUUCUUUGGAACAGAUGAGAAAGUUUAAAAGAGCACACAGGAUCCUUGACCAUGAAGCUCUCAAGAAAGAAUACCCUGAGAUAGAUUUUCCUAAAGAAUCACUGGUCUUUAUGGAUUAUGAUGGAGGUACUCUAAGAGCAGACAAGGCUUUACGUGCAUACCAGGAUAGAUUUAAGGAUUGCGGUGGCAUUCUGAAAGAAGAAGAGAAGGUUCUUGAGAUCACCCCUGGUACUGUGGUGAUUGUAAGGACAAACAAGGCCACAUAUAAGACCCGUCAACUCAUCCUCACCCCAGGAGCAUGGGCACAGAAGGUCCUUAAGCCACUUGGUUUAGAUGUACCUUUAACAGAAGACAGGUCUUUUGACUAUCUCACUCCCACCAAUGCGUUCACUGUAUGACAGUUCUUUGGAACAGAUGAGAAAGUUUAAAAGAGCACACAGGAUCCUUGACCAUGAAGCUCUCAAGAAAGAAUACCCUGAGAUAGAUUUUCCUAAAGAAUCACUGGUCUUUAUGGAUUAUGAUGGAGGUACUCUAAGAGCAGACAAGGCUUUACGUGCAUACCAGGAUAGAUUUAAGGAUUGCGGUGGCAUUCUGAAAGAAGAAGAGAAGGUUCUUGAGAUCACCCCUGGUACUGUGGUGAUUGUAAGGACAAACAAGGCCACAUAUAAGACCCGUCAACUCAUCCUCACCCCAGGAGCAUGGGCACAGAAGGUCCUUAAGCCACUUGGUUUAGAUGUACCUUUAACAGUAA